GCUUCAAAUACCCACAAAUUUCUCCCUUAGCUUUCACUCUUAAGCUUAACAUGGCUGCUGCAACUUCUAUUGCUUCAGCUCUCCUCUCCCUAACCCUGAUUCUCCUCUUAUUUUUACAAUCCCACCUAGUUUUUUCCUUUCCAUUUGAUGUUGAAGAUGACGAUGAAGUUUAUGUUCUUGACAACCCGAUUCCGAAUUUCCUAUCGAGAAGCAGGUUCUUGGCGAGGGCGAGCAAUAUGAUAAAGAAAGGAACACAUUGUGAUCCUGAGUACAAGAAUAUCUGUAAUGGUGUUUCAGCCAACAAUGGCACGAGCCUGCUCUACUGCUGCAAGACACAUUGUCGAAACGUUCUCGGCGACAUGAAUAACUGCGGGCGGUGUGGGGUGAAAUGCAAGUUCGGAGAGCGUUGCUGUAAUGGAAGUUGCAUAAGUGUUGUUUACAAUGAUAAUCAUUGUGGGAAGUGCAACAAAAAAUGCCCUUAUGGGGUUAAAUGUGAUUAUGGAAGUUGCGGGUAUGCAUGAUGAUAUGAUAUGAAUUCAUAAACAGAUGAAAUUAAUUAGAUAGAUUGGAUCAUUAAAUCUGAUAAUCAAUAACUCUACAUUCAUUUUAUGAAGAGUUGACGAUGGUUAUGUAAAGAUAAUUAAGUUCGAUCGGGCGUGCAUGCAAGCCAUGCAAUUAAUGGAGUUUGAGUUUGGAGAAAAAAUGAGAAGUGAAGGGGUUAUGGAUUGAAAAGGCACAUCUUGUGAAUUUAAUAACUCUUUUAAGUUUCAUACAAGUUUUGUU